GGUACACGCACUUUGCACCAACUUGAAUGUUUUAUGUGCAAAGUAGAAUUUUAUAAUAUUAAUAUCCAGCGUAACAUAUAGUAAAAAAAAAUUUUUUUUUAUUUUUUUUUAUUUUAUAAUCAAUUUUUAUAUUCAAAAAAUUAAUUAUGUUAUAUUUUUAAAAGUGAAUUAUAUAUAUAAAUAGAGUAUAUAAUACAUUCCUUUUUAAUAAUUUUUUUGUAAAUAAUGUUAUAAAUUGUGAAUAUAAAAUAAAACCGGUUUAAUAUAGUUGUUUUAAUAUUCAGUUUAGAUAUUAAUAUGUGUUGCAAUACUGUGAGUAUGAAUAACAUGGAUACGAACGAAGGUGUAUGUGGAGGUGUAAAAAAAUAUUUAUUACAAUUUUUACGAUGUGUCGUUGUGCAAAUUCAUUGUUUAUUCGAUUACGCUAUUGAUUUGUUCUUUGAAUUUUAUUACAAUAAAAAUAAAGUUAAAAGAGUGUCGCCAAUAAAAAAUCAAUUAUUACUCGAAAGUGGAAUUUCACUUGCUCAAAAAAUCAGAAAUGGAAAUUUAACAUCCGAAGAGGUUGUAAAGGCAUUUAUUGAAAGAUGUAAGGAAGUGAAUACAAUUAUCAAUGCAGUUGCCAAUGAACGUUUUCAAGAUGCAAUUGGAGAGGCAAAAAAAGUUGAUGAAUUUUUGAAAGACGAAAAUGUCGAUAGGGAAAUGCUAAAAGAAAAGAAACCAUUUUUGGGUGUUCCUUUUACUAUGAAAGAGAGUAAUACUGUUAAAGGAAUGCCACAUACUAUGGGUAUUUUGGCAAGAAAAGAUCACAUUGCAACGGAAGACGCAGAAGUUGUUGCCAAUUUAAAAGAAGCAGGUGGCAUAUUAAUUGCAACGACAAAUAUUCCUGAAAUGUGUUCGUGGAUUGAAUCAAGAAAUAAAGUUUAUGGACAGACAAAUAAUCCUUAUAAUUCAACGAGAACGGCGGGGGGUAGUGGGGGAGGUGAUGGGGCACUUUUAGGUGCAAGCGGUACACCAAUUGCAAUUGGUACAGAUCUCGGUGGUUCCAUUAGGAUUCCUGCAUUUUCCAAUGGGAUUUUUGGUCUUAAACCGAGUGGAGGUGCAACAUCAAUUAAAGGUGUAAAUAUGAUUGAAGAAGAUUAUGAGGAUACAAUUAUUGAAGCCGGUCCAAUGUGUAAAAAAGCAGAGGACCUUUUACCACUCCUCAAAGUUAUUUCAGGAAGAAAAUUAGUUAAUUUCAAGAAAUUAGAUUCACAUGUUGAUGUGAAAAAAUUAAAUAUUUUUUAUCAAUUAUCCUCUGAAGAUUUGAUAACAAGUAAAGUUUCUAAAAUAAUUAAAUCUAGUUUAAUGAAGGCUGUGAAUCAUCUUAAAGAAGUUACAGGAUCUGCAACUGAGAUUAAAAUGCCAGGAUCUGAGAAAAGUUUAGAAAUCUUUAGACACUGGAAAACAAGAGAUUUAAAAGAUUUUUGUUAUGAUUUGACAAAUAGACAAGGUCGUGUAAAUAUUGGCAAAGAAUUUUUGAAUAUUUUAACUGGCCGAGGAAAAGUGACAUUGGGUACCAUGAUUUUAUUGAUUGACACAUAUGUAACGCCUCCGGAAAAUGAAGAAUAUGUGAAAGAAUUAACUACAAUUCUUCUGAAUUUUCUCACGGAAAAACUUGGUGACAAUGGUGUAUUGUUAUAUCCCACAUUACCAACUCGUGUUCUUCAUCAUAAUGAAUCAUUUUUCAAACUAUUUAAUUUUCUCUAUUUGGGAUUAUUUAAUGCAUUAAAAUUACCGGCUUGUAAUGUGCCUCUUGGACUCGAUAAAGAUGGAUUACCAAUUGGCAUACAGAUAAUUGCUGGACCAAAAAAUGAUCAUCUUUGCAUUGCAGUUGCCAAAGAAUUAGAAACAGCUUUUGGAGGAUACGUUCCACCUUCUUAGUGGUUUUUUUUCGUUUCUAUUUUUUAAUAACAAUAUAUAUAUAUAUAUAUAUAUAUAUAUAUAUAUACAAUGAGGUGUUUUUAUAAUAACAAAUUUUUUUAAUAAUACUUAAUAGAAUAAUUAAAAUUAAAAAAAAUUUUUUUUCAUAUAAAAUAAAAUGGACAUAAAAUAAGUAUAAAAAUUUUAUUUGUUAAAAAAAAAUAAUUCUCUCUAGCCCUAAAUUAGUAUUUCCCCUCUAUUAAAUUUCCGUUUCGUUGCGUAGAGGAAUAAAACCACCUGUUUCUAAAAAAAAAAAAAGAAACAUAAAUAUACAUACAAAUUUUGACUCUCUUGUUGUGAGCAUUCGUUCUGCGCAAGGAGAGAAAGUUACACCUAGUGAAGCAAAAUACAUAUAGUAGACUUUAUCGAGUCGAUUAUAUAUACGUUCUUAUCAUAUAUAGACAAACACAAAUUCAUGUAAACUUUAAUCGCAAUGUGAUAAUAAAUUAUUUGCCAAGUGUGUUUAAUUUAAAAAAAAAGUUUUAGGUCACAUUUUUUUAUAUUAAAAUCUCUGAAAAAUAAAAUCAUGUGCUCUAAUGUCAGAAAUAAG